AUGCCGCCCUCGAAGGCACUUCCUUCCACAAGGGGGCCAGACGUUGUCAAGAUUCCAGGAACUAGCAGGCUGGAAAAAACUCUGGCGGGGCAGCUGGGUGGUGUUGGAGUAAAAGCGAGCGUGGCGCCAAGCCUGCAGGGGGCUGAUGAUCAGCUCAACGGGGCAGUUGGUGACGAUAUCCGCGGUGGUUCAGGCAAAAGGGGGAUUCAAGCAAAGGUUCUUUUUAGCAGAGGGAGCAGAAGAGGUCGUCGAGCAGCACAAGACUCGAUGCCGCCCUCGAAGGCACUUCCUUCCACAAGGGGGCCAGACGUUGUCAUGAUUCCAGGAACUAGCAGGCUGGAAAAAGUUAUGGCGGGGCAGCUGGGUGGUGUUGGAGUAAACGUGAGCGUGGCGCCAAGCCUGCAGGGGGCUGAUGAUCAGGUCAACGGGGCAGGUGUUGCUCUUUGUCACCUCUCUAGUUCCUUUCUCAAGAGGAAGUGGGAUUUGGGUUUGAUGUCGGCCCGGGAGGAGCUGAAAGCCUCUCAGACGGCCCUCUCGACCACGGUUGGGGAAGCAAAGAAGCUGAAAGCUGAUAAUGAGGCAAUAUCUGUAGCUGCUAAACGGUGGAUGAACAAAUACGUAGAGGCAGAUGCAAAAAGGAUUGAGACUGCGAAUGAGCUGGUGAAACUGGUGGCAGAAACUGAAAAGUUGAGGGGGCAAUGUGGUGAACUUGAGGCUGACUCUAAAAAAAUGAAGCGGCGAUUGGAGAAUGCGGAGGCAAAGUAUGAGCAGAUGAAGGGGCAGUAUGAUGUUGUGUCAUAUGAUCUCAAACAGUCGAGGAUGACAUAUAAGGAUUUGUUAGCCGAAUCUGAAAAAAUGAAGCUGCAGUUGGAGGGAGUCCGGGCAGACCAUGAAACCUCGAUGCGUGAGGGUGAAGCUCGGUUGGAAAAGACCAACGCCUGGAUCGGGGCAUAUAAUAAUGCGAGGGUAGGCUCUGAAAGGUGGCAGCAACUGUAUGAAGCUGAGGUGGCAACCUCAGAGAAGUUGAGACGGCAAGACGUCGUAAAGGCGAUAGAUCCUGACGACUUGAGGGGGCAGGUUCGAUCCUUGACCACAGAGAAUAUCAAGCUGAGAUCAUGGCUUGCUCAUACGCAUGAGGAAAAAGAACGCUUCAGAAAGAGCGUCAUCGAGUUAUCCUCGCCACAGAGUUUCCCGUCGGUGGGAGAGUUUUUGAAGACGGGGGUCUUGCCGAGCGACGCACUACAGUAG